ACAUACUGCUUUAAAAAUAAAUUGCUCAGCAAAUGUUGUUUAAUUAGGAUACAGGUCGAGACGUAAUUUUGGAGAGCUGAGAAAUAAAUCAGCGCGUAACAGGUGCGUCGACUGGACAGCUGUCGCCUUUCUGUUCCUCUGAGGGACCAGUCGUGCUCCAUUGUGGCGGGCAAAUUUAAGAUUAAAAAUUGGUUAUCACGGGUUUGGUGAGGGUUAGUGUUGCUCCGAGAUAACAAAUGUGGCUUUGAGCUCGUAUAAAGGCCUGUGUCAGUUUAGAUGACAGCCAACGCUAAAGUUUCACCCCUUUGGAUUCACUUAGAUAAGCAAAGGAGAACCGGAGGUCAAUGCAUUUCGAAGAAUACAUUUGUUGUCUCAAAAAAGUCAGAUGAGAUGACGGCAGACUCCUUUGGCAGUUUGAAGUGGUGUCCCCGUGGUCUACUCAGUGCUGAAAGGACAGGAGCAGAACCUGACAGUGACCGAUAGACUGGUCUUUGUUUUCAGCUCAUCUUCAGCGGCCUCUUGGUUUUCAUCAGGAUGGUGCAUUCAGCAUCACUUUGUGCCUGUCUGUCUCUUCUGACUGUCCUCAGUUGUCAUUCUCAUGUCCUCCCCCGACUCUCUUUUCCCAUGGGUAGUCCAGGACGUUCACUCACUGUCUUCACAAACCCUGAUGUCUACAACACCACCACACUGUUGCUUAGCAAUGAUGAGGACACUUUAUUCGUCGGAGCACGUGAUGCUGUUCUCACAAUCAGUGUCAUUCAGCCUGAUGCCAUGACCCUGAAGGAAAAGCUGGACUGGUCUGCGUCAGAAAAAGACCUCACUGACUGUGCCAUGAAAGGCAAAAUGAAGAUGGAUUGUCAUAACUUUGUGAGGGUUUUGCAAGUGCUAAACUCCACCCAUAUGUACGCCUGUGGAACAUUUGCCUUCAGCCCGCGCUGCAUCUAUAUCAAUUCAAAUACAUUUGCAAUGGCUACAGGCCCGAGCGGUAAGCCAGAAGAAGGCAGAGGCCGCUGUCCUUACGACCCAUACCAGAAGAACACCGCCAUAACUGUGGAUGGAGAACUGUACACCGGAACAGUGGCAGACUACAGGGGAACUCGGCCUGUGAUUUCACGCCACUUGAGCGAAGGCAGCCAUGUAGAUCUGAAACUGGAUGAUACGCUUGGCUGGUUAGAAGAUCCUACAUUCAUCAGUUCCACAUAUGUUCCCAGUGAGGAGAAGGUUUAUUUCUUCUUUAGUGAGACCGGAAAAGAAUACGACUUCAUUGACAAGUUAACAGUGUCUCGCGUUGCCCAAGUUUGCACCAGUGAUGUGGGAGGUCAGCGUACUCUGCAAAAGCGCUGGACCACCUUUGCCAAGGCUCAGCUGCUCUGUCAAGCUGACCAAGAGCUGCCCUACAACAUCCUGCAGGACAUUGUCAGCCUUCCACCACCAGAGGGCACGUCUGAGGACCAAACUCUGUUCUAUGGGGUCUUCACUUCUCAGUGGCAAGUCAACUUGGGUCGCUCAGCCGUGUGUGCUUUCAGCCUCGAAGACAUAAAAAAGGUGUUUACAGGACGUUACAAGGUUCUGAAUCGGGACACUUUAAAAUGGAGCACACGGAUACAGGAGCAACUGGCCAAUCCUGGAGAGUGUGGGCUUCAUAAUGCGUCGGACAGCACUCUGCGCUUUGUGAAGGACAACUUCCUGACUGAAAAAAGUGUUUCGCCGGUCAAUCAGGGCCUUGAACUGGUGUCACCUGAUAGGAGCUACAGCAACAUCGCAGCUCAGAGAGUCCGUGGAGCACGCGGCAGAGAUUACACUGUGCUUUACCUGCUCACGGAGUCUGGAUACCUGCACAAAGCUGUGCUCUUGAAGAACGGAGCACACAUUAUUGAGGAGAUCCAAGUGUUUCAUCAACCUCAGCCGGUCAAAAACCUCCUGCUGUCAGUCACUAAGGGUGCAGUGCUGAUAGGCUCUUCAGAAGGAGUCGUUUCCGUACCCGUGUCCAACUGCUCGUACUACUGGAGCUGUGCUGAGUGUGUUUUAGCCAGAGACCCUUUCUGCGGCUGGGACCCUGUGAUGAAGCUCUGCACAGACAUGCACACUCAUGACCAUCUUGUCCAGGAUGUAGAUGAGGGAAAUGUUUCAGCGCAGUGUGCAUACGUGUCCUCCAGGUCACGCUCUGGCCAGUCCCAGACCUCCUCAACUGUGUGUCCUCCAGGUGAAGUAGUGUCCGUGUCUCUAAACGAAGUAGUGCACCUGCAGUGCCCAGGAGCGUCACACCUCGCCAAACGCCACUGGGAGCGUCUCAACAGCCAGCUCUCACCCAAAAUCUACAUUCAGUCGGACGACGGCAGCCUCCGCUUUGUGGCGACCCCGUCCACCCUGGGACACUACCUGUGCCAGUCUGUGGAGAACGGCUACACCCAAACACUGGUCGUCUAUCACGUUAAGCAGAAGAGCAGCCCCACCCUCCUACCAGCCAUCCCGAACCGCCCACUCAUCACCCCGUCCACCGAAGCAGGAAAUAAAACCCCUGUCCUCACUCCCAGACUCACUGCACCCAAACAGACGGAGCCGAGGCCUAAACCAGAGGAUGUGCAUCCUACAGUCCCACUCAAAGAUUCGCCGGUGGCCACCACGCACAGAAGCAGGAACUUUACUCGAUUGCUUGGCACGGACAAGGAAAACCCCCGAAUGACUGAGCCCGGUGAAAACCUCCAGCAAGCGGACAAGCCCAGCUACUUCCAGGAGCUAGUGGUGGUGUCCGUUCUGUUAGCCCUGUGCGUCAGCGCCUUGCUAGUGAUCGCUGUUAAGAGAUUCAGGCACCUUUAUCACGGCAGGACUGUCCCACAAGCGGCUUCCUCUCGCAGGGACGCUGAGAAUGGCGGAUGUGCAACACCCCAGGAGAGGGAGUCUCUCAGAGGACACUCACCUCAUCUGGAAAAGCGAAACGGACAAGCUCCUAACGGACAGGCACAUGAUGGCAAAUCUCCCAUCACACUCAGCAACAGUUUGCUGAACAGCUCGAAUGGUCACCUGCCCAACACACCCAUGUGAUGUGCUCCUCUAGUUUUCUAGGUUCACUGUUAAACUCUUUUCUGAGCCAAACUGGGCUUCUGCAGUCGAGUCCUGUCGCUAAACCACUUUGCAGUUGUAGAGGAAAAAAAUAAACUGAUUAAAAACGGCACAUUGGACCUUUUUACGAACCUUUUUUUGGAGCUGUACGACUCAGAUCUCUGUGUACUAGUGUACAUUUUUCAGGUUGUUAAUAUUUAAGCUGUUAUUUAUGUGACAACUGUUUGUUUCAGUCUAAAGUGUAUCAGAUUGUAUGCCUCUCUCUAAUCACUUCAAGGUCAAUUUAAGUGAAAUAUAUAAAUGGUCUCUUAAAGAUUUUCAUCGAUCAACAUUUUUUCUUGACAUCAGGAACUGUUCAAUCAGUUACUUUUUUAAAAUAUUAUAGUACAAAUUUUGAUGGACCUAAAAUUACCUAAGAGAGGCAGCUUCACUAAUUAAACUGAUCAUCUGCAAAUUUAAAUUGCAACAACUUGAAAUUUCGUAUUUUCCGUUCUGAUAAUAAGUUCUGUCGACGUUGUUCAGAGUUGCUAUAUCGCACAUCUUUUUUAGACUUUGCCUUUGUUCCUCCUCCCCAUCUAAUUCCAGGUUUUCAAUGUUAAGACGAGGUACAUGUCUGUCUAACUUUUUCCUUUCAUAAUCUUUAAAAGGACAGUUCACCCAAAAAUGAAAGUUCUGUCAUUUAUUUAACGUAAUGUUGGUAACCAAACAGUUUCCAUUAACUUCUAUUCUAUUGUAUUGCUAGUCAAUGGGACUAGAAACGAUUUGGUUAACUGCAUUUUAUAUUAAUUUGGAGAAACUCAGACAGGUUUUGGAAUGACAUGAGGGUGAGUAAAUGUAAGAAUUUUUAAUUUUGGGGCAAAAUGUCCAUUUAAUGUUGCACCAAUGAAAAAAAUGCUUUCAAAGACGUUUUUCAAGUGGUUUAAUUUAAAUAAGUAUUUAGUGUAAUGCAUAAAAAGAAUUGUGCUGAUCAGUAAUGUGCAAGUACGGGUAGAUGUUUUUCUAUCAUUUCUGUGUCAACAUAAGAACAUCUCAAUAUGAAAAUAAUAUUCAGAAGUGUUAUUUUGGUAAGUUUGACCUGUUAUAGAUCUCUGACUGCUUGCUUCGUUUAAUAUUGACCACUCUGUCAUAACCGUAAAAUGGCUCCAAAGGUGUGUGUGUGUGUGUUUUGCCUUUGCACAGCAGUAUAUUCGGCCUGAUUGUAGUUCUUCCAAUAUAUUGGGAGUGACCUGAACUCAACCUGUGGUUUGUCACCGAACGGUACGGAUUUGAAGUCUUCAUUCUGGGGAAAUCACUUGUGAAUUGUGAUAUUGCCAAAUGUGUGUUUUAUAAUCAAGUGACGGAGAACAUGUUCUGUCUGGUGGUUCAAAGAACAGUCUUAUUUUUCUGUUCGUCUUUAGCUGGAUAAGCGAGGCCAAUCGAAGCCCAAUAUGUGAAGCCCGUCACAGGACUAGAUGCAUUCUUCUGCACGCCACUGUUUUUGAAAGACUCUGUUUAUUUUUUUAUGGUUUGAAAAUAAAAGAUACGGAUUUAAAGUG